AUGUCCACCACGAGGGGUGGAGAUCCAGCCCCUGACGGGCAGGAAGGCCCAGCAGGCACGGCGGGGGUGCAGACCGGAACGGCCAGAGCCAGCGAAGGUGUGGACCGCAACUCCGGGCCUCGCAGGGGUGACGCCGUGCCUGAGGCUGGGGAGGGCGGAAUUGCCGGGGCCUCGGGAGGCCCAAGGGAGGUUGCCCUGGAGAGGGGGAGCCCUGAGGAGGACUCUGACAUCGGGCCGGCCGAGGAUGGGGAGGAGGAGCAGGCAGGGGGCCUGGACCUCAUAGUGGAUGCACGCCACUCCCCCAUGGCCGGCUUCCGCUUAACAUUCCUGGACUUGGUGCGCUCGUUGCUGAACGGCAUCUACUGCAACGACCUAGUCCAGCGUCAUGAAGGCCACGUGUCAGUCCGGCACCGGGCCCAGCAGCACUCGUCUGAUCAAGGCUCGGCCGAGGUGGCCGAGUUCUCUGAUCUCUGGGUGUCAUCGGAUGGACCGGGGGAGGGGCCGGCGGGGAAGGCCCCAGCCCAGGAGGUGGAGGAGGCAGAGGAAGCCGAGGAAGCUUCUUUAUGGGAGACAGCCACUGAGGAGUCUGAGGAGUCCAGCUUGUGGGAGAUGGCGCAGGAGCCGGCUGCCCCUGAGGAAAUAACUAAGUACCAGGAUGAGAACUCCGAAAAAGAGGCCCAAGACACUGAAAGUGAGGGGAAAGAAGAGAAGUAUAACAAAAAACAAGAAGAACCAGAAAAUAAUCUGGACCCAGCAAAGGACAGGCCCAGAAAGUCCAGUUUGGAAGACUAG